UUUGGGGGUGGAGAGGAGAUGAUGAGCUUGGAAUGUCACUUGUGGACUUGUUUUCGUUACUUCUACUAAGUACAAUAACAUACCCAGCGUGGUUCCACAAGUGGAGUGUACAUAGACUUCUAUUAAGGAGGGUGGGUCAAGUGGAGAUGGGGAGAGCUUAAAGAGGACAUUAAAGUCAUUAUACCAUCCAUUGAAUCAUAUGUUGUACAUUUAGACCUUGAAGCACCAGCUGAUGAGAGAUUAGAGUUGGUUAAUUUUGUAAAAAGGGAACCUUUGUUUGUUAAAGUUGGGAAUGUUAAGAGUUGUUGUGAGAUCUAAUUUGGUUACUUAUAGAGGGCCAACUAUGGUUAGUAAUACACUUCAUGCUGCUGCUAUUUUGCUUAAGGAAGGUGGUGAGUGGGAUUGGUUUAUCAAUCUUAGUGCUUCUGAUUAUCCUUUGGUUACACAAGAUGAUUUACUUCAUACUUUUUCAACCGUGCCGAGAGAACUUAAUUUUAUUGAGCAUACAAGUGACCUUGGAUGGAAGGAAUACCACAGAGCCAGGCCUGUAUUAAUCGAUUCAGGGUUAUACAGCCUGAAUAAAUCAGAUCUAUUCUGGAUACCACAGAAAAGGAGUAUUCCUACAGCAUUUAAACUAUUCACAGGCUCUGCAUGGAUGAUGCUCUCUCGCCCCUUUAUGGAGUACCUUUUAUGGGGAUGGGAUAACCUCCCGAGGAUAGUCUUAAUGUACUACGCCAACUUCCUUUCAACACCCGAAGGAUAUUUCCACACUGUCAUAUGCAAUGCAGAAGAGUUCAAGAACACCACAGUGAAUCACGACCUUCAUUUUAUAUCCUGGGACAACCCUCCAAAGCAACAUCCACAUGUUCUAACACUUAAUGAUUACCAGAACAUGGUCAACAGCAAUGCAUCAUUUGCAAGAAAAUUCGGAAGGAACGAACCCGUGCUUGACAAGAUUGAUUCCGAGCUCUUGGGACGGAAAAUCGAUGGUUUUGUCCCUGGUAGUUGGUUUGAUGGUGGGGAUGCAAAUGCUAGCAUCUCACAGUAUAUUUUAAAAAACAUAACUUCACUGAGACCUGGACCAGGUGCACAGAGAAUAAAAAGUCUUAUUUCUGGUUUGUUGUCGGAUAAAGAUUUCAACUCAAAGCACUGCCUUUAGUUCCUUACUGGUUGCAAAUGGUGUACUAAAUGGAAGUCUCGCGGUUGAAUGACGGAUUAGUUGAUUGUUGCUUACUGCCCUCAAAUGGUGUAAUAAGUGGGGGAUGGAGCAGCUAUACUACAUACUGCUAUAAGGUUUAAGACAGGUAGAAUUGUAUGGUUUAUAGGAUGUUUUGUUUCCCCCCUUCUUUCUAGCAAUUGCUUGUAAAUUUUUGUUCGCCAAAUGGCUGAUCGGAUGUUACUAUUAGUGAAUGAGGCACAUUAUUGAAAGGCAUGAUUAAUGCUAUGCUACAAUACAUUUAUUUUAAACAA